CAGUUGUGAAAGAAAGAACAUGAAGCUAGCUCCAGCACUACUGUUCGUGAUCACCGUCCACCACCUCGACCCCAGCGUCCAAGCUAAGCGCCUCCAGAUAGGCGGUAAAGACACAGGGAUUUUCCUGUACCCCUACAUGGCCGCCAUUGAGUUUGCCCAAAAGCUCGUGGGCAAUGGUGCGAUCGUUGCACAGCGCUACAUCCUUACCUCGGCCAGUGCCGUAGCCGAACCGCACGACUCCCUGUACAAAGUGCAGCUCGGUGCGAACGUCUUCAAGGGUCCGGGUGACCUGUACGAGGUGCUAACCAUCUACAAACAUCCCCAGUACAUCGGCUGGGACUACAACAUUGCACUGCUACAUCUGAAAGAUCCCAUCCGCUACAGUGACUCGGUGCAGCCGGCCAUUAUUGCAGACACUUUCGUGAGCAAUCUGCAGGUGCUGCUGGUUUCGUACGGCACCAAUGAGGAUGGGACGAUGCAUCUGCGCGAAGCCAUCUACACCACGUCGACCGGUGCUGAGUGUGUGGCCUCCCUGACGAAGGGGCUAUCGAAGGAAAUCAUUAUUCAGGAGCACGGGUUCUGUGUGCGUAGCCCGCCCGGGGCUGAGCAGGGCCAGUGGGCCGACGAUGCCGGUGCACCGAUCGUGGCCGACGGGAAGCUGUACGGUGUGUUUGCGUUUUCUGAGCAGGAGGGCAAAACCAAUGUCGGAUCGAUCGGUACGCGGGUUUCCUCAUUUUUGGAAUGGAUUUAUGAAACGAUGGAAGGACAUGAUUAGCAUGCGGAAGAUAAUCUCUAAAUCGUAGAUUAAAAAUCAAUUCAAUCAGCCAAUACUGCAAAAUGUCAGUGUUAAUGACAUAAAAAAAUCUGACUUAAACAAAAUCCAUACCAGCGUCACGUACUCAAUUGUGAUAAUCAAUGGUGAUACUCAAAACGAUUGGUGUGACCAAUACAUGCUUCGUGACAUUUUUACGACCAUCGCUUGGUCAGUCACUAUGUCAUGACAUUUUUUUACUAUAAUCAGUUCUGAAAAAUGUCACUGACAUAGACAUGACGAAUUCCGGCUGAAAAAAAAUAUGCCAGCGUCACGAGACGCUUUACUGUGAUGAUCAGAGGUGAGACUCAAACAGUUUAUUUCAUAAAUAUCUAAUUUCAUAAAGAAACGGACGGACCAACGUUUCUAAUCGGCAACCUUAUAAUUAAAUUAAGGAGCAUAUAAAUAAACCUCUAGUUAUAAGCAAA